CAUCUGACAACUUGUGAAGCCAACAACAGAGAACUAAUAAACUGCUGCAUCUUCAAGCUCCUGUGAAGCCGUUACCAUGGCGAUGAACAGCUCGUCCAAAUAUGACAAGAUCACCUGCAAAGUUCUGAUCCAAUCAGGAUCUCCCACUGUCUACCAGCUGAAACCAAAGAAAGAGAAGAUUGGAACUCUAACAAGAAUGAAUCUUGGUGAAAGAAAUCUGAACAAGACAAACAGAACCAUUUUACUUGUUGGUGAAUCAGGAGCAGGAAAAUCUACUCUGAUCAACGCUCUGGUCAACUACACCAUGGGAGUGAAGUGGGAGGAGAAUGUCUGGUUUCAGAUCGUAGAGGACGAGAAGAGAAGUCAAUCAGAGAGUCAGACAUCAGAUGUGAUCGUUUAUCAGAUCUUUGGUUUUGAAGGUAAAACUCUGCCCUACUCUCUGACCAUCAUCGAUACUCCUGGAUACGGAGAUACCAGAGGGAUUGAAGAUGACUUCAUCAGUCAGAGAUUAUUAGACUUGUUCUGCUCAGUGGACGGAGUCCAUGAGAUCAAUGCAGUGGGUCUGGUGCUGAGAGUGACUGAUAAUCGACUGUGUGACAGACUGUCCUAUGUCUUUGAUUCAGUGAUGUCUCUGUUUGGAAAAGAUAUGGAGAUGAACAUUGUUGCCCUCAUCACUCACUCAGAUGGAAGAACUCCUAAAAAUGUUCUGAAAACCCUCGAGGAUGCAAACAUUAAGUGUGCUAAAGAUGAAAAGAAUCAGCCUGUUUACUUCCUGUUUGAUAACUGUCAGGAUGAAGACAGAAACGAGGACCCAGAAGACCUGCAAAAUGCAGAUACAAUAUCAACAAAAGGACUGAGACAGUUCACAGACUUUCUGGAAAUAACUGAACCUCAAAAGCUGAAGACAACUGCGGAUGUUCUGAAUGAGCGAAUCAGACUGACAGCCUCCAUCCACAGCCUGAAAGAGAGAGUUGAGUUUAUUGAACUAAAACAGAAAGAAAUCCAACAGACUGAGGAAGGUCUGAAGAAAUAUGAACAAGAGAUGAAGAACAAUGAGAAGUUCACUGUAGAAGUUGAUGAGGUCUACAAAGGUGAACAAUCUAUUGAUGGUGGGAUGUGGGGGUUGAUGUUUUAUCAAGGAGCUGUCUGCUGUACAGUUUGUAAAGAGAACUGUCACUAUCCUGGAUGUACAGUGGCCUGGUAUCCCAGAGACUGUGAGGUCAUGAAAGAUGGUAACUGCACUGUUUGUACCGGGAAGUGUCCUGUAUCAGCUCAUGUGAAAGAUAAGUGGAUCUAUGUGAACAAGACAAGAAAAGUUCAGAAGACCUUUGAAGAUAAGAAAGAGAAGUAUGAAAAGAACAAGACAGAAAGUGAGAGCAGGUUGAGCAUUUUGGAAAAUCUAAAUAAGGAAACAGAAGAACUUCAGAAAGAUAAAGAUCAGUGGUUGGAAGAGUCCUUCCAGCAUGUUGUCACACUAGUGCAGAUCGCCCUGAAUGCUUAUUCAGUGUCCACUCUUGUCCACUUGGACUUCCUGAUUGAGAAGAUGAAGGAGAAAGGAGACACAGAGAAGGUCCAGAAACUGGAAGAAAUUAAAAGAAGAGUGAAUGAAGGAACCAGAGCAGCACUGUGGUACAAGUUUGGUAAACUAACAGCAGCUGGUAAAGAAGCAAAGAAGUAGGUGAACCAAAUGACCAUGAGCAGACAGCUAUGUAGAAAACAAGGUCUAUACUAUAAAUACAAAUUUACAAACAUCACUAAAGGUUUAUCAUUCUCUCUCUUUAAAGUAUGAUGUUGAUGUAAUAUAUGGAUUCUUACAUAAGCCACACUCAUCGUUUAGCCCCUUUACAUGCAUUUUAGUAACCAGAGAUCUGUACUACAAAGCGUGCUAACUGGCAGUUUAACUUCUCGAUUAACUCAUGCUACAAAAGCUAGAGUUUAACCGAGGUAUGUUGUCGUGGCAAUUUACUCUUUAUGUCUAAACUGCUCAGAGCAGGUUAUCUUUGUGGUUAACUCAAAGUUAAAUUCAUUAACGGGUCUAUUUAGUUCAUUAUUUUGUUAAUCGGAGUUGUAUUCUGUCGUACUCUGUUCACAAUGAGCUUCCAACAAGCGUCCUUAUCAUUGUUGGCCCCUACUACGUGAGAUUAGCCAAUUAACUUUUCUUUGAACUCCUCAUUUCCGGAUAUUAUAACAGUACAUCAGAGUUUGUAAAGUUUGUAGUAUAUCCCUGCUAUAUCUCUGCUUUUAAAUGUAGGGAUGACGCCCCCUGGUGUUUAAUGUAGAGCACAACCGCUUCCUCCCUCUCCUAUAUUAUUAAUUAUAAGUAACAUUCUGUUGUUAAUACAUUAAGUUUUCUUUGUGUUUAAGUUUUUAUUAUGUGAUUUUCAGUCAAUAUUCUGAUGUUAUUGUGAUGUUCAGUAAGUCUCAGUGAACACAUUCCUGACAUAUCUAAAAUCUAAUAUAUUAGAUAGAUAGAUAAAGUAUCUAUCUAUCUAUCCCGAGGGAAAUUCAAGAGAAAGAGUUGUGAAGAAUGCGGGCAUAAUAUAAAGCUGUUAAAAUUCAUGUUUGUUUGCCCAUGUUAAUUAAAGAUGUUACAGAAUACAGAUAUCUACAGAAUAGAAAUAUUCUGCUGUGCUGGGAGUGAAAUCUAAUUUAUUUUGGAUUGAUUUGCUUGUGAUGACUAGUUCAAAUAUUCCAGAUGACACAGGCCAUGUAGAAACAUUUUGAUCAGUUUAAUGUACUUUAUUUUCUAACAAGAUAUAUUUUUGGGAUUGCAAUAUAUUUUGUAUUUUACAUGCAAUCACAUCCUGAUGCAGUUUUCUGUGAAUGAUGAAUAAAAUCUCUGCUUCAUGAAA